AUGGCCCUCACCGACACAGGGGAUAUGGCUUAUCUCCCUCAAGAGAUAUUCCAGAUGAUCAUCCAAUACCUACAACCCGUCGAUCUCGUUCGCUGUCGUCGCGUAUCCUCUGCAUGGUAUCGAGCCUUUACAAAUCCAGUCAGUCUCAUCCAGGUCCUAAGAGACAGUUUCCCUCGAGCAAAAGAAGUAAGGGAGCUCUUUAGCCGGAUCAAAGGUCCCGUACCGUACGAAUCGCUUUAUACCGAGCCCUCGAACCAAUGGCAAACUAUCUUCGAUCUCGUGACAGAACGCUAUUAUCGUUUGGCGCAUGGCUCGCCUCGUUCGAUACAAAAGUUUGACCUUCAAAAAGAGACGGUUGGGAGUGACUAUCAGUUCUUCAGCGUGCCACCGUGGGACAACCAUUCAAGUCAUUCUGGAGAUCGAAUUGAUAUGUUAUUUGAGCAUGCAUUUUGGACAUAUGAAAAUGGACUGCUUGUUUAUCCUGACGAACGCGAACGUUGCCUGUUGGUCUUGGACGUUGAAACCGAGGACAAGUUCAUGGUCCCAUUCGUCACUACGGGCAAGGUCAUACGAAGGAUACGUCUGCAUGAACGACUGCUUUUGAUCGAAUGGGCUGAAAGUGAGGCAUUCCACUGGCUGAAUGACCGGGAUAGUGUUCAUCGUCAUUUUGCUACGUCUUUUGAAGUCAAUGCCGUUGGCCGAGGCUGGGAUAUCGUAUUUCGCAACGAAUGGAAGAUCAUGUUUCUGGGUCACCCCCUAGGUGAACGUGAUCGAUUUUACUCAAGUCAUACUCGAAAUCAUUAUGCGAUCUAUAUCUGGCAGCCGAAUCGCAGUCUUUACACCGCAGAUGAAGACGCACCUAUCGAGUCUCUAAACAUUUGGGACGUUUCCACAGCUUCCGAAUACAGGCCAUCACAGGACCCGACAGGUCGAUCGAUAGAUGGUGGACCACGCCACGUCGCCAGCUUUGCCUUUCGAGAACUUGAUUUCUACUCCGUAAGGCAAAGAGGUUUCCCAGCGAUCAUGAGAAUGGAUAUAGACAGCAACUCAAACUCCAUCUCUAUCACGGAAGUAAGAGACACUGGACGAAUGGAUUUCAACGUUUUGGAACAUGCUCCCCAUGUGCGAGUCAUAACCAUACCAUUCAUUGGCCAAGGACCCGCAUUGCAGCGAACAGUAACAACCUGGUACCCUCCAUACCGCGGAAACUGCUGCAUGGAGAUUGCACCCUGGACGGUCACAUCGCCGUGGGCAUGUUAUUGGGCAAUAUGUGAGAGUACCGACGAGGACGCGCGUGUAUCGUUCUGCCUUUCAUACCUAUCCUCAAAGACACAGGCAGGCUACGAAAAGGACCCGCUCAUGGUCACCAUUCAUACGCCUCACGCGAUCAAGACUCUAGCUCCGGACCUGUCCAGGGAGAUUUCUUCCAAGGGCAAGAUUUGUGGCGAUGAGCGCUUUAUCAUUGGCGAGAACGAUAAUGACCAGUUGGUGAUCCUGAAGUUUUAA